CGUGGAGGCAGCGGCAGCGGCAGCGGCUGUGAGGGAUCGAGAGCAGGUCUGGGGACAGGUGAGGGCUUUCCCAACCCAGCCCGUUCCCCCGCCCCCACGUCCCACUCAAGCCUCUGGGUCCCUCUUUCUCUAUUUCUUAGCCCAUGCCUUUGUCUCUUUGUCUCUCUCUGCCCACGCUCUCUAUCGUCCUGUUCGCCUGUCUCUCCAUAUCUCUGUCUCCAUGUCUCCCGAUCUCUGUUUAGCCUCUGGACAGCUCUGUUUCUGUACCUUUAUCUCUCCUUGCCCCAUUCUCUGGGUCUCUCUCCAUGUCUCUAUCCCCUCUUUGUCUCCUAGCCCACAUUUUUGUCUGUCUUUUGCUCUCUGGUCUCUUGCUGUGUGUCUCAUUCUGCUUAGUCUGUAUGUGUCUCAGUCUAUAUUUCUGUUUCACCCAUUUCUGGGGCUCCAUCUGAGAUCUUCCCUGCUUCCCCCUUUCUCUACACGGUGCUGUGGGGGAAGGGAUUGAGGUUAGAUGGAUUUUCAGGCAUCUGGGCCCCUGCAAACCUAAGCCCAGGGUCUGACUCCUCUCUGGUCCCUAGGGAGAGGGUUGUUCCAUUGACUCUGGGCUUCAUCCACAGCGGGCAAGUUUUAUAAGGUCAGGAUCCUAUUUGCCAUUUGAAAUUCCUCUGGGCUCGGAGAAUGGGAACUCUGAGGGUCAUUUCGAGCUCCACGCCUGAUACUUUCUGUGCCCUCCUCUCCAAGGCAGUCCCCAGGUUCCCCAGAAUCUCUAGGUCUAGACUCCGGGUGACAUUAGCGCUUCCGCCCAGAGCAGCUCUAGGGCAACCGCGCCCUCAGCAAACACCCCCCUUCCACCGCCGCUGCCCCAGCAACAGUUGGGGGCGGGCCUGGGAAUCACGUGCUGGAUCUUGGCCUCUCCCACUCUCCCCCCACCCCUCAAGUCAUCACUCGUGGGGGCGGAGGGGGGCCACUGCCUCCUAGACCGCAUGUUUGAAUCUCAGAGAGGGUGGCGCCGGGGCUGGAGGCGGAGGGCGGAGGCUCCUGACUCUGCCCCCUGACCCUCCAGGCCGGACUGCCCCUACUAGACCAGACCCUUCGCCCCCCAUGCCCCGCCGCCCUCACGAUGCUGAACUGUCCGCCUUGGCGGCUGUUAUUGCUGCUCUCGUCGUGGGGGCCGCUGCUCCGGAGGGCGGAGACAGGCUCUGUCGGGCAGACGGCGGGGGAGCUGUACCAGCGCUGGGAACGCUACCGCAGAGAGUGCCAAGAGACACUGGAAGCCGUGGACCCCCCAACAGGCCUCGCCUGUAACGCGUCCUUCGAUAUGUACGUCUGCUGGGACUACGCUGCACCCAACGACACUGCCCGUGCGUCCUGCCCCUGGUAUCUGCCUUGGCAUCGUCACGUGGCUGCAGGCUUUGUCCUCCGCCAGUGUGGCAGUGAUGGCCAAUGGGGACCUUGGCGAGACCAUUCGCAGUGUGAGAACCCAGAAAAGAAUGGGGCCUUUCAGGAUCAACGGCUGAUUUUGGAGCGGCUGCAGGUCAUGUACACCGUGGGCUACUCCCUGUCCCUGGCCACACUGCUGCUAGCCUUGCUCAUCUUGAGUUUCUUCAGGCGGCUGCGCUGUACUCGAAACUACAUCCACAUGAACCUGUUCACGUCCUUCAUGCUGCGGGCGGCGGCCAUCCUCACCCGAGACCGUUUGCUACCUCCACCUGGCCCCUACCCUGGGGACCAGGCCCCUGUCCUGUGGAACCCGGCCCUAGCUGCCUGCCGCACGGCCCAGAUCGUGACCCAGUACUGCGUGGGUGCCAACUACACGUGGCUGCUGGUGGAGGGUGUCUACCUACACAGUCUCUUGGUGCUUGUGGGAGGUUCCGAGGGGGGCCACUUCCACUGCUACCUGCUUCUCGGCUGGGGGGCCCCCGCGCUUUUCGUCAUUCCCUGGGUGAUCGUCAGGUACCUGUACGAGAACACGCUGUGCUGGGAGCGGAACGAUGUCAAGGCCAUAUGGUGGAUCAUACGCACCCCCAUCCUCAUGACCAUCUUGAUUAAUUUUCUCAUCUUUAUUCGCAUUCUUGGCAUCCUCGUGUCCAAGCUGAGGACGCGACAGAUGCGCUGCCCGGACUACCGGCUGAGGCUGGCUCGCUCCACGCUGACGCUGGUGCCCCUGCUGGGCGUCCACGAGGUGGUGUUUGCGCCGGUGACAGAGGAACAGGCCCGGGGUGCCCUGCGCUUCACCAAGCUCGGCUUCGAGAUCUUCCUCAGCUCGUUCCAGGGCUUCCUGGUCAGCGUCCUGUACUGCUUCAUCAACAAAGAGGUGCAGUCGGAGAUCCGCCGCUGCUGGAGCCGGUGCCGCCUGCGACAUAGUCUGGGGGAGGAGCAGCGCCAGCCACCGGAGCGCCUGUCCAGGACCCUGCCCUCGGGCUCAGGCCCCUGCCGGGUCGCCCCUGACCGCGCCCUGUCCUUGGGGACCCUCCCAGCGCCUGGGGAUGAGGCCAGCCGGGUCUUGGAAAGUUACUGCUAGGCAGUGGGGAUCUGUGUCCAUUCGAGUUCGCAUGUAUUUAUUGAGCGCCUACUGUGUACCAGGCCCAGUGUCGAGGGCGCUGGAGAAACUGGGGUGCGGUGGGAGGGGGGGAAACAGAAGACAAGGUCCCUGUUCUCCUAGAGUUCACAGUUCACAGUUGGGGGGGCAGCAAAGACAGAAUAUCAAGUUAGACACACACUGUGGAAUGGCUAAUGAGGAAAAGUUAGAAGGGAGCCUAGGUUGGUCCAGGAGGGCAUCUCUGAGGAGGUGACACUUAAGCCAUGCCUACAAGAGGUGAAGGAGACCGCUUUGGGAAGAAGAUUCUAGGCAGAAGGAACAGCAUCUGCAAAGGCCUUUACGCAGGAAAGAGCUCAGUGGUGCCUGAGGAACAGACAGGAACAGACGCUGCCAUGUGAUGGGACAGAUUAUCAGGGGCAGGAGAGGCAGCUGCAGAGGGGCGGGAAGUGGUUGGACUCUGGCGCUAUUUUAUUUUAUUUUAUUUUUUUUAAUUUUUUUUUUUUAAAGAUUUUUUUAAUUUAUUUAUUCGACAGAGAUAGAGACAGCCAGCGAGAGAGGGAACACAAGCAGGGGGAGUGGGAGAGGAAGAAGCAGGCUCAUCGGAAGAGCCUGAUGUGGGGCUCGAUCCCACAAUGCCGGGAUCAUGCCCUGAGCCGAAGGCAGACGCUUAACCACUGUGCCACCCAGGCGCCCCUGGCGCUAUUUUAAAGGUAGAACUGAGGAUUUGCCACCGUUUCGCGAGAGGGAAGUGCAGCAAGAGAAGUCAUGGAAGACUCCUAGGUUUGAAAUGAAGGAAAGAGAGAGGGAGAUGGGGUUCAGGGUGGGCAGAGCCAGGAGUGCUCUUUGGACAUGUCAAGCUGGGAAGAAGGCCCUGGAGCUCACAGGACAGGUGAGGGAUGGAAAGAGAAAUGUGAGCAGCACUGGGGUGGGGCAGAAAGGAGGACUUGGUAUGUAGACUGAACAUGAGCCAUUCUGGGCAGGCCUCAGAGCAGAAAGCAGGACCACUGCCUGCUGGGGGGAUGGAAACACCCCCCCCCAAAUCCUGGGCGGUCCCUGGGGAACUGGGAGAACGGGGGAGGGGAUCUGACAGCCUGUAUCUGGACCAUCUGUACACACACAGGACUCUCACUCCUAAAUCCAUCCCCCACUCAGAUCUACACUUAGAUUCAGUUAGUACCUGGGUGUUGUUUUCCUUAGGGUCCCCAGCCCCCUGGACAGAUGUGCCCCCACAGCAGCUGGAGUCCUUCAAGCAUGGGGUCAUGCUGGGCCCCCUCAUGGGUUUGGGGGGCUGCUCUAAGGCAGGGGCCUUGUAAAUCAAGCAUGAGAAACAGCUGUAUUUUUGUGUAUGGGAGGUAGGUGGGAGAAUCUUCCUGGCCAGGCCAUCAGGAGAAACGAGAGGCGGGCUGUGUGCUUGCAGUGGUCUUGCAAUCUCUUCACCCAUGUGUUGCCACAAGAAGAUGGACACUAUGCUGCCACUGUCCCCCAUGCCUAACAGAAACCCCUGCUGGGAUUGUUCAUGUGAUCUCCCGAUAACUAUUUACAGUGUAUACAAUUAAAAUUAUGUGUGUG